AAAUCGUUCGGAAAAUCGUCAGUAGAAAAAAAGGGGGAGAAUUUAGUGGAAUUGCUUUGGAGUGAUAGUAAGGGGUUGUUAAUAUUGAAAAUGUUACCGUUCGAGAAAACAUACGGUUUCGACGUUUUGCCUGGGAUUUUGUUUGGCAUGCCGAGGGUGGUCGGGGAUCAAAAAACUAAAUUUGAAUCCGAUGAAUUAUUCAAGAAGCUUAGUAGAGAAAGUGAGGUCCGAUACACAGGUUACAGAGACAGACCUAUGGAUGAAAGAAGAAUAAAAUUUAAAACAUCGUGUAAAGAAGGCUACACAGAAAUUGCUUUCAUCAGUACUGGAAUAAAUUUACAACUUUUGUUUGGGUCGUGCAAUAACGGAUGUCAGAAUAAGUGUGAAUUUGAUUUCUCAAAGGGAAAAGUGAAUUUGAGAAGUAGUUUUAUCAUGAACGGUGUUUGCGUACGUUGGCGAGGUUAUUUGGAUCUAGAAAGACUGGACGGCGUUGGCUGCCUAGAGUUUGAUGAAGAAUUAGCUGAGAUUGAAAACGCACGUCUUCAACAGCAAAUCGAAACGUAUAACAAAAGAAUGCAAGAUCUGGAAGAAAAACAAAGAGCCUUCAUGCCACCUAGAUUAAAACGACAAAAAAAUGAGGUUGUAGGAAGAGAAGCAAGUCCAGGGACAAUCAGCAAUUAACUACAGUCUCAACAAAUGUAAAUAGUACUGUAUAAUUUUUUGUGUGUACAUAAAUAAG